UUAUACGCUCAUGUCCUCGCUAGAGGAUGCUCACAUUUUUCUGGUGGGGAUAUGAUCUAUAAAUUUGAAUUUCCUGAAAAAUCUCAACAUUCGGUGCACAUCAGAAAUGAAGCUCCUAGUGAUCGUCUCAUUAGCUGCAGUCGCUUUGGCUAAACCGACCGAAAAGCCAUUGCAGAAAAGACAAUUCAACUUCAAUGCUUUAGCACCCAACUUCAAUCAAGAUGUCAACCAAUUUGGAGGAAGAACAUUCCUGAAUGGAUUCCAUAUAGAAACCCAAUCUGAAAAGACACCUAGAAUUUCCGCUAACCAAAUUUCCAAUCAAUUCAGUAUUGGUGGUAAUGGACUUUUUCCUCAACAAAGGUACUCAGUAAUCAAUGGUCCUGAAAUAACUGACAUAGGUUCUUCUGGGUUGAAUUCUAAUGGUUUGGUUUCAACUACUACAUAUUCACCAUUGUUAUCUUCUUCUUCUUUUUUUCCAACUAGUACUACUUCUAAUCUACUCAACUCUGAAAUUAGUUCUAUCAAUUCAAUUCCAUCCUCAAAGACCCUUUCUGCAAAUUCCAUUGCAUUUUCUGGAGUCAUCCCUCAAAAUUUUGGUCCAACUGUUACUCCUUUGCCAAAAGUUUCUACUACUUUUCCCCAUUCUCUGAUUGGUCUGAAUUCUAACCCUACUGCUUUUCCAGUAGUAAGUUCAACCGUUCUUCCAAUAAGUUCGCUUCAGUCACGAUUCGAAGGUAGUGUACUUUCUAACAAUUCACCAGGAUUAGACUUACCUUCCUACAAUUUCGAUAACUUUGGAAAUUUCGAACAAUUUGAGAUAAAAAAUAAUGACAAAGCAGAAGUCACAAAGAACGUAUAUUUUUAUGAAGCUCCAGAAGAACCAGAAAUGAUACGUCAACGUAAGAUCAUUCAACUACCACCCCAGAAAAAAAACUACAAACUGCUUUUCAUCAAAGCACCAGUAGCUCCCGAAUCACAACCAAUUGAAAUUCCUGCUCAAAUUCUAAACCAAGAAAAAACUCGUGUUUAUGUUCUGGUGAAGAAACCCGAAACAGAACAAGUGGUCAAGAUCGUUGAAGGUUCAACACCCAAACCUGAAAAACCGGAGGUUUUUUACAUCAAAUACAAAACUCGAGAAGAAGCCGAAAAAGCCAUAAAAGAAGCCCAAGAAGGCGCUUCUCAAGGGCAAGAAUCCAUAAGUGUUAAUGGUCAGCAAUUAGUCAAUUCAAUAAGAAAUAUCAAGUUUACAGAAAAUCACAGAGAUUCCGCUCUGCAACCGAUAUUCUCCCACAAUAUUCCGGUAUCUUUGUUCGAAUCUUCAACCUCACAGCCAAUAUUAUCGAGCACAUUUUCCCCUGAUGUGAACUACGUAUCAGGCGCUUCGGGUGGUUUGUUGAAUGAUGGUAGUUUCAAUCAAUUCGUUACAUCAUAUACGCCUUCUUUAUUAGGAAAUAAUGUGUUUCCAAAAACUGUGGGUAGUCCCUUCUCACCUAGAAAUAACAUUUUCUCGAAUACAAACUUGGGCUUAGAUACGAGCAACCUUGGUUCGUUUGAAAGUUCAACCUUCAGUCCCAUCACCUACGUAUCUUCCGGAUUUUCUAACUUCCCCUCAUUCGUUGAUUUGAGUCAACGAUCUGGAUCUGGAUCACGAUCAGGAAGAGUGAACGAAUUUCAAGACAAUAAAGUCCCCAGCACAUCAACUUCGAGUACUUCGUCAUCUAUAUUUGGAGAAUCAUUUGAAUCUCAAACAGCAAACAAAUUCGAAGAGAAAUCAAUCAGUUCAAAAGAUGAACCCCUAGCAUUAUCCUUAGGAAGUGGAGCAAGCACAUCUAGUCCUGUACUGAAAAAUUCUGUUGAAGUAACUCCGACCACUGAAAGUAGCGACGUAAAUUCAUCAACAUCAUCUGAAUAAAAUUGUUAUUCGAUUAUAUCAUCUUGUGAAUUAUGAUUGCUGACAGUAUUUUAUCAUUAAAUUUCAAUCUGAA